GUCCAGACCAUACAGCCGCAGAUACUCAAGCUGUUUAUUGAGAUGUAAUGGAAGCGUGCUGUGUCUUGAUGGUGGCGGUAUUAAAGGCCUGGUGCUGAUCCAGAUGCUGAUCGCUCUGGAGAAAGAGGCGGGCAGACCCACCAGAGAGCUCUUCGACUGGGUAGCUGGCACGAGCACGGGAGGCAUCCUGGCUCUGGCUAUAAUCCACGGUAAAUCCAUGGAGUACCUGCGCUGCCUGUACUUUAGGAUGAAGGAGCAGGUGUUCAAAGGAUCAAGACCCUAUGAAUCAGCACCGCUAGAGGACUUCCUCAAAACAGAGUUUGGAGAAAACACCAAGAUGACUGACAUAAAGUUCCCCAGGGUAAUGGUGACCAGUGUUCUGGCAGACAGACAUCCAGGCGAGCUUCAUAUAUUCAGGAACUAUGACCCUCCAUCCGUCUCCAGAGAGGCCCCAUACACCACCACUGCCACAUUCAAGCCUCUCACCAUCCCACAAGGCUGGGAGGAUGAGGAUGUGUUGAUAGUACGAUACACAGAAGAGCCACCCAGAAAGAUAAGGAAGGUGACAGAUGAAGAACAACUUGUAUGGCGAGCUGCUCGCUCCAGCGGCGCUGCUCCCACCUACUUCCGACCAAUGGGGUGCUUUCUGGAUGGAGGGCUGCUGGCCAAUAACCCGACACUAGAUGCCAUGACAGAAGUCCAUCAGUACAAUAAGGCCUUAAAAGCAGAGGGCCGUGAGAAGGACACAAAGAAGCUGGGUAUAGUGGUCUCUCUUGGAACAGGUAAACCUCCUCAGGUGGUGGUGAGCUCUGUGGAUGUGUUCCGACCCUCCAACCCACUGGAGCUGGCCAAGACCUUUGUAGGAGCAAAAGAGCUGGGCAAAAUGCUGGUGGACUGUUGUACAGACUCUGAUGGCUGUGCAGUGGACAGGGCCAGAGCGUGGUGUGAAAUGAUCGACACCAUUUACCACAGAUUGAGUCCCCAACUAUCUCAGGAGGUGAUGCUGGAUGAGGUGAGCGACGCAGCCCUGGUGGACAUGCUGUGGGAGACCCAGAUGUAUCUGUAUGAGAAGAGGGAGGUCCUCCAGUCUCUGGCAGAAUUACUACUGAACAACUAAAAGCACAAGAAAAUCACAAAUGGAGGCUGUGAAGAGUGUUUGAAUGGAGCAGUGAGAUUACUGAGCUGUAUGUCUGACUAAAAACUGUAAUGUGUGUGUUGUUGUGCUCUGUUACCAAACUGAAUGAAUCAGUUUGAGUAUGAGUACAAAAGUAUUAAAUAUGUGGAAAGCUAACCCAGGAAACAACUGACCUACUAAAGCCUGUUUACAGGUGUUUUAUGUAGCAUCAUGUGACCUUAGCACUGAUCCUGUUGUGGUUUAUCAGGUUUACUUCUAACAUAUGAACCAAUGAAGAAGUUGAAGUUGUACUGGGGAAAUGUAAACUGACUGUUACAGUGUCAUGUAAGUUUCCACUCCCCCUACACUGUGGGUUAAUCUACCUCUGGAUUUGUUGAGGUAAGUCUGGAGUGUUUCCUUCCCU